CAGGCGCAUGCGCCGAGUACCGCCACGCUUGGUCGGGACGCCCCUCCGGACCGGUUUUGCCUCGCGGAGCCGGUAGUUCCAGGUGCAGCGGCCGCAGUGCUGCGUCCCUGCGCCGCUGUCUGGGGCGGUCUCAGGUGUCCCGAAGCUCUGGUCAGUGCCAUGAUCCGGCAGGAGCGCUCCACGUCCUACCAGGAGCUGAGUGAGGAGUUGGACCAGGUGGUUGAGAACUCAGAGCUGGCAGACGAGCAGGACAACGAGACGGUAAAAGUCCAAGGUCCGGGUGUCUUACCAGGCCUGGACAGCGAGUCCGCCUCCAGCAGCAUCCGCUUCAGCAAGGCCUGCCUGAAGAACGUCUUCUCAGUCCUGCUCAUCUUCAUCUACCUGCUGCUCAUGGCUGUGGCCGUCUUCCUGGUCUACCAGACCAUCACAGACUUUCGCGAGAAACUCAAGCACCCUGUCAUGUCUGUGUCUUACAAGGAAGUGGAUCGCUAUGAUGCCCCAGGUAUUGCCCUGUACCCCGGUCAGGCCCAGUUGCUCAGCUGUAAGCACCAUUACGAGGUCAUUCCUCCUCUGACAAGCCCUGGCCAGCCGGGUGACAUGAAUUGCACCACCCAGAGGAUCAACUACACGGACCCCUUCUCCAAUCAGACUGUGAAAUCUGCCCUGAUUGUCCAGGGGCCCCGGGAAGUGAAAAAGCGGGAGCUGGUCUUCCUCCAGUUCCGCCUGAACGAGAGUAGUGAGGACUUCAGCGCCAUUGAUUACCUCCUCUUCUCUUCUUUCCAGGAGUUCCUGCAAAGCCCAAACAGGGUAGGCUUCAUGCAGGCCUGUGAGAGUGCCUAUUCCAGCUGGAAGUUCUCUGGGGGCUUCCGCACCUGGGUCAAGAUGUCACUGGUGAAGACCAAGGAGGAGGAUGGGCGGGAAGCAGUGGAGUUCCGGCAGGAGACAAGUGUGGUUAACUACAUUGACCAGAGGCCAGCUGCUGAAAAAAGUGCUCAGUUGUUUUUUGUGGUCUUUGAAUGGAAAGAUCCUUUCAUCCAGAAAGUCCAAGAUAUAAUCACUGCCAAUCCUUGGAACACAAUUGCUCUUCUCUGUGGUGCCUUCUUGGCAUUAUUUAAAGCAGCAGAGUUUGCCAAACUGAGUAUAAAAUGGAUGAUCAAAAUUAGAAAGAGAUACCUUAAAAGAAGAGGUCAGGCAACGAGCCACAUAAGCUGAAGUCACCUCACAUUGUUUAGAGAACUGUCCACAUCAAUGGGAGUUGUCAUCACUUCCACUUUGUAAACGGAGCUAUCAACAAUCCUGUACUCACUUGAAGAAAUGGGGCCUUGCUGGGAGGAACAGCAUGUCAAACUGGAACUUCUAACCUCGCCCCAAAAGAGGCCGUGUAGAGCCUAACAGAAGAGCGCUAAUGGAUAACCUACAAGUUAUUUAAAUAUUUAAAUUAUUAAUAAACUUUCUAAAGAGCUGGCCAAUGACUUUUGAAUAGGGUUUGUAGAAGAUGCCUUUCUUCCUGUUUGGUUUAUUGUAUUGUAUUAGGUUAAGCUCUACUAGGGUAAUGAAGGCUCUGCUUUUCACUUUUUAAAACUGGACAAAAGAGUGUGAUUUUCUUUUUCCAAAAAUUCCUGACUAUCAAGACGUGCAGGUCAUGCUUUGGAGCCUAUGCACUGUACACAAAGGCAAAACCCUAGGACUUUGGCGUCAUCUGCCACUGAUGUCCAGCCUCUGACAUGCUCUUUGAUUUGUUAAAUGUUAAAUGAGACUUUAAAGCUACUAGAAACUAGUAAUUAAGUUUCUUAAUGGACUGACUAGCCACCUACUUGUCUGGCUAGAAUGUUUGUUGAUGUAUGAGUUUAGAUUAACACUCAAAAGCACUAGGACAGAUGUACAUAGUAGGUGCCUACUCAUUGUAUUUUGAUGAUUUCAUUAACAGGUAAAUAAAAGUUAAUACAAAAGGAA